GUCCUACCGCGGGUUCCUCGAUUGAUAUCCUACAGUCGUGGACGGUUUCAGCCUAUAUGAUUGUCGGCGUGAGAGCCAGUACGUUAACCCGAGGGAGAGUGUUAGCCCAAGUUCAGCGCCAUGGAUUCCCCCCUGAGAAUCGCCAUCAUCGGCGGCGGCCUCGCCGGCGCCUCCCUCAUUCAUGCCCUCGUCAAGUUCUCCCACCUUGAUGUCCACAUCUUCGAGUCGGCCGCCACCUUCAAAGAAGCCGGCAUGGCUAUCGGGAUCGCCCGAAACGCCCAGGCUGCGCUCGCGCUUAUCGGAGCCGAGGCCACCCAGUGCCUCGCCCGAGCCGGCGCCGUACCCAUGAAGGGCGUUCGGUUCAUGUUAGCCCAAGGCGACGGGGCCGGAACCAUGGCCGACGAAGUGGACGAGGUGGCGCAAGGAAAGCGCCUUACGAGCAUCGUGCAUCGCGCCGCCUUACUGCAAGAACUGCUCACCAACGUUCCCCGAGACCGAAUGCACGCCGGUAAGAAGCUCCAGAAGAUCGACGGCGACGGUCCUGUCACGCUCUACUUCGCCGACGGGACCACCCACGAAUGCGACAUUCUCAUCGGUGCCGAUGGCAUCCACAGCACCGUUCGCAAACUCGUCCUGGGCGAGGAUGAUCCCGCCGCCGCUCCCCGCAACAGCGGUGCUUGGAUUCUCAUGACCCUCCAGCCGCUCGAAAAAGCCCAGGCCAGCAUGGGCACGGAGCUCGUAGACGUCGAGGACGCUCGCGAAUACGGGUGGGCGGGCCGAGACGCUUUCUUAAUGCACAACAUUCUGAGCGGCGGCCAGAUGGUGCAAUUUGCCGUCGCCUCCACUGACAAAGAAGCCGAGUCAGAGUCGUCAGACCGCUGGCAGCGCAUCGUGAGUGCCGACGAGAUCAAAAAGCUGUACGAAGAUUGGCCGCCCAAUCUCAGUAAGGCCGUGAACGAGCUGCUUUGCAACCAACCUGAGCACAAAGCCUUAUAUCUGUGGGAUCACGCAAACGCGCGCAGUUAUGUUUCCGGUCCUAUCUGUAUCGCUGGCGAUGCCGCCCACUCGACGACGCCCUGGCAGGGCUCUGGCGGCGGCAUGUCUAUCGAAGACAGCCUCAUCCUCUCUACCUUGCUCGGACGCGCCAAGACGCCUGUCGAGGCGCUCGCGGCCUUGAAGGUGUAUGACCAAGUUCGCCGCCCUCGCACACAACGCAUCGUCGAGUCGAGUCGGAUCACCGGUGCCAUCCUGACGGGGAGCAACCCGGAGAUGGGACUGGACCCGAAGAAAUUCAAGUCGUUUAUGUCGAGGUGGGACUUUAUCGUCGAUUUCGACGUAGAGAAGCAUCGCGAUGAGGCCCUACAGACGCUAGAGGCCGAAUUGAAGGGAGAAGGGAGCGCGUGAUGAUGAUGCUCCUGUGCACUCCAGUUCAUCCUGCCGACAUACCUCGCGCUGGGGGGGGGGGGCAUCAAGUAAUUCUUUUUGGGAGUAAACCGUAUCGUACUGAUACUCGAAAUUGUUUGGGAAGCUGGCUACACUAACCUAACACUACUCCUAGAGAAGAGCAGCUCCCCUACAUAUCUAACUUCUAUCCUUCUUGUUCUCGAAGUGAAGACAUACCUGACUUUUUUACUUCAUAAUA